GAAACUUUAGCUCUUAAACCCUUUUCACCACAAGUGACUCGGCAUUUCACACUCAGAGAUGGACGAAGAGUUUCCCUUCCCCCUGAUAGUGGAGGGGAAUUGGGACCCCAGGACCCCCAAGCUGAAAAACAAGCUCACUAUUUACUUCCAGAGCAGAAAGUCAAAUGGAGGAGACUGUGUGGUUCAGUACCAGGUUUCUGACGGCCACACAGCGACCGUGUGCUUCAAAACGGAAGAAGUGAGGCAGACUGUUCUUGAGAAGCAAAGACAUGAAAUUAAACUGGGUAAAGACCUCCUGAGCCUCAGUGUUUGUCUUCCACCAGCUGAAGCCAAACCAAGUCAGGAAACAAAGUCUUCAGUUAAUACAAGUCAAACAGAAGAAUCAUUUACCGAAGAGGAAAAGGCACCAUCCUGUGAAUCUCAGACUAAAGAAGAAGAGGACUUUGGGCCAGACGAAGACAGUGAGGACUCAUGUCCCACAUCAGUUGUAAUCAAAAACAUCCAGAACAUGAAACACGAGUUCCUGGAUAUGCUGGUGGAGAAUAUCCUUCAGCGCUCUGAGUUAAAUGAUAUCAGCAUAGAAGUCAUCCCUGAGUGUGACUGUGCUGUGGUAACUUUUACUAACCACAAAGAUGCAGUACGCUUCAUUAGUUCUUGUCCAAUGAACUCAAUUUUCAAGAGGAAGAACCUGGAAAUCAACCCUCUUGAGAAGACAACAAGGGUGAAAGUAGAAAAUUUUACUUCAGACAUGAACUCUGACUAUAUCAUGCUUUAUUUUGAAAAGUAUGGUGAAAUAGAGGGUGAUGUAGAGAUGCUUGAAGAGGACAGAUCAGCUAUAAUCACAUUUAAAACUCAUGCAGAUGCAAACACAGUCCUCGGAAAACAACAUCAGAUUAAAAAGCACCCUAUCAAAGUUUUUCCAUACUAUGAAUCACUGGGAGUUGCCCUCUAUGGUAAAGACAGACCCACUUUGGAGCUCCCAGAAUCAUUUGAAGAAAAUAUUGAUAAAUCUGUCUGGAAAUAUCUUCAAGAACACAAACAAACAUUGGACCUGAUCAUGCAAAGUAUGCAGAAGCAUUUAUGCCACCUGGAGUUUCAAGACCCAGCUGUAAAAAUUAGUCCUCUACCUUCCAUCCUUCAGCAAGGUGUACAGACAAAGAAACUUGUCCAGACUUGGAGGGAGAAGGCUUCCUCUGAGUUCACUAUGGCAAUGUCCAAAUAUAAGUCACUAGAAAUCAAGGUUGAGAGAGAUGCAUGGGCUGAAGUGGAAGCAGAAGUCCACAAGCUGUCAUCUGAACAUGUAACCCUGAUUUUUCACAAAGAUCAAGGAACAGUGAUUGUGGCAGGCAUUGCAGAACAUGUAUGCAGAACUGGGGAUGUGGCACAGAGUACUGUUAACAGGAUUAUACAAAGAAUCCAAAGAGAGAAGAACAGCAUUGAAGAUGAGAUCUCCAUGACUCCAUCUAUUCAUGAGCUCAUCCUGAAAGAUGGUUUGGAUCAGGAACUCUGCGAUGCCUUUCCAGAACUGAAGCUGAGUUACAAUGCUGCCGGGCAAAAGCUAACAAUUUUUGGGCUCAAACAAGAUGUUUUAGAGACGAAGAAUAAGAUUUUGCAAGAGGCUGUGGGCCUAAAUCAGGGAAUCAUAGAACUUCACCCAUCUAUUCUGGAGUUUCUGAGUAUGGGGGAUAGAGAGAAACUGACCAAAGAACUAUUCGUAUCCAAGGGAAUCCAUGCAUCAUUGGAGAUUAAGAGAGACCAGGCAUUUCUUGUUGCUAAAACAGAGAAUAACUUGAAAGAUAGUAAAGAUCAGUUAGAAGCACAAUUACAUCAUGCAUUCAUUAACGUAGAUGAUCCCAGUUUGCUCAAGAGUGCAGAAUGGCAAGAUCUUGUUGACAAAUUAAGUAACACAAUCAAUUCAUCACAAAUGAUGAUGCUAAUAAACACAACAGCCAGCCAAGUUGUAAUUUCUGGAUUUGUUAAAUCAGUAGAGUUAGUUCAGGAACAGCUCUCCAAUUACGUGCUUAACAAUUCUCAUGUUACCACAACCCUGCAGGCCAAUAAGAGUGUCGUGAAUUUUAUAAAGGAGCACAAAAAGGAAAAAUGGCAUGAAAUGAUGAAAAACAAUGUCAACAUUAGCUUUAAAGAUGAUACAGUCUCAAUGAGUGGCCCAAGACUUCAUGUGUCCGAUUGUAAGUUUGUCUUUGAGAACCUGCUUUCGUCUGUUUCCUGCUGCAACUUAAAAGUAGAUAAACCUGGUUCCAAGAAGUUUUUUAAGAAUAAGGAACUGUAUGUUGUUGAAACAGCCAAGAACAGAAUGGGGUGUGUUGUCGAGAUGGUAGAUGAGCAUGAUCGCAACCAGAUUUCUUCUCAUGUCACAGAAAAAAAGAGAGUUCUUACACCUUAUGGAGUAGAGAUUGUAGUCAACAAAGGUGACAUGUGCUUCUAUCCUGUAGAUGCUAUAGUCAAUGCAGCCAAUGAAAAGCUUGACCUCAGUGCAGGUCUAUCAAAAGCACUUUCUGAUGCUGCAGGACCGCAACUGAAGCAUGCCUGUAACCAGAUUAUUAAAAAGCGGACACAGUUGAAGACAGGCGAGGUUGUCCUUACUGAGGCUGGACAAUUGCCCUGCAAGUAUGUAAUUCAUGCAGUAGGGCCACCCUAUCAUAGUUCUGAUUCUCUGAAAGCAGUUGGGCUUUUGAAAAGCACUAUAAAAAAGAGUCUAAAUUAUGCUGACAGAGAGUCUUGCCAGUCAUUGGCAAUACCAGCCAUUAGUUCUGGCAGCCACGGAUUCCCACUAGACCUUUGUGCAAACACCAUUGUUUCAGCACUGAAUGAAUUCUUUGAGCUCAUGAAUGGAGACUUGAGUUUAAAGGAGAUCCAUCUGAUUGACACAAAUGAUAAAACUGUUAAGGCUUUCGAAGCUGCGGUGCAGAAAGUAUAUGGGAGCAGUUCCACAAGUCAGGGCCUAACAUUCAGGGACAAUUCCAGUAGCCAACAGCAAAACCCAAAACCGUCAAGCUCCUCAAACCAAGGAUCAUCCCAGAGUGUUAAGACGAAUGAAGGGUUGACUAUUACUCUUACAAAGUGCAACAUUCAGGACACCUCAUCAGAUGUGGUGGUGAACUCUAUAUCGUCUGACCUGGCCCUUAACCAUGGAGCUAUUGCACAAGCCAUUCUUGCUGCAGCAGGGCCACAGAUUCAGACACUUCUUAACCAGCAGGCUACAGGCCCAGCAAACAGUGGAGCAGUCUUCAUCACUAGUGGUUGCAAUCUAAAAAACAAACUGGUGUUUCAUGCUGUAGUCCCACAUUGGAACCAGGGACAAGGUUCACAGAUGUUGGAAGGCGUCAUGGAUGAAUGUUUAAGUCAGGCAGAGCAGCAGAAGCAGGGGUCUAUUGUCUUCCCUGCUAUUGGAACAGGGAACUUGGGUUUUCCAAAGGCGUUGGUGGCCUCCAUUAUGCUGGACUCAGUUCUUAGGUUUAGCAAAAACAGGACCUCACGCCAUGUACAAGAAGUGAUGUUUGCUCUCCAUCCUACUGACCAUUCAACGAUCCAGGAUUUUACAAUUGAAUUCAAUAAAAAGUUUAACAUCCAGUCAUCCUCAGCAAGUGGCUUCAAGAAAGGCCCAUUUUCAAAGGUGACCUCACCAAAGGCAGGGAGGUAUGAGACGACAAUAGGAGGAGUUGUGUUUCAAGUUCUCAGUGGUGAUAUCACUAAGGAGACAACUGAUGUCAUCGUAAACUCAUCCAAUGAUAAAUUCACAUUGAAAACAGGUGUCUCAAAGGCUAUUUUAGAUGGAGCAGGUCCAAACGUUGAAGCUGAGUGCCAGCAACUAGGAGCACAGCAAAACAAUGGAGUGAUAAUGACUCAGCAAGGCAACCUGCAAUGCAAAAAGAUCAUCCAUGUUUCAACAACAAAUAAUCUUGCAACAAUCCAACAACGAGUAAAGCAAGCAUUAAAAAUGUCUGUAAAGCACAAUUUCACCUCCAUUGCCUUCCCUGCCUUUGGAACAGGUCAGGGUGGAAUUAAUCCAGGCCAUGUUGCAGACUCCAUGAUGGAUGCUAUAGUUGACUUUUUGAGGCAGACUCCACAGUCUUCACUCAAAACGGUGCACAUAGUGAUCUUCCAGGCCCCCAUGUUGGUAGAUUUUCAUCAGAGUAUGCUGAGAAGAGAAGCCACUGAAACACAGAAGAAUGAGAGUGUCUUGUCAAGAUUUGCAUCAUUUACCAAAUCAUUGUUUAUGAGCUCUAAGACCAAAGAUGUCAAGCCACCACAAGAGAAGGACUUUGUAAUCGAGGAAAACAUCACGAAUGUGGUUUACUUCUCAAUCUGUGGGCCUUCCCAAACUGCCGUGGAUCAAACCAAAAAGUUUAUAGAAAAACUCAUCUCAGAAGAACAGGUGUUUCAGCCCAUCAGUGACCCAAUGAUCCACAGAUUGUCUGACAAAGACAGACAACGUAUCCAGGAGCUCCAACGAACCAUGGAUGUUAGUGUGAAAAUUGUGCCCAAGGAUCAGGCGGCUACAGCAGCAGAUUCAGAAGAAGUCACGCUUGUAGUAGAGGGUCUCAGCAGGGAUGUUCUGAUGGUUGUAAGUGAGAUCAACACCAUGCUGAAAACAACCAGAGAAGAUGUGAACACAAAGAAAGACAUGGAAGUAACAGCUGAGCUGGUAGACUGGCAAUACAAACAGGGUGACCAGUACCACAGCUUCGACGUUACUACAAACUAUCAACUAGAACAAGCGCUUAUUUUGGGGUCUCCACAAGUGGAUAUCAAUUUCCAAAAACAGGUAUACCGAGUCAAAAUGCCAGAAGGUCCUGCUGUGAUUACGAGUAGUGGUAACCAGAUGGACAUCAGGCGUGUUGACAAAAUGAGAGCCACUGAAAACCUCCCAAAGGAAUGGGCCGUCAUGGCAUCUAAUGAGCUGCACAAGAUUUGUCCACUGCAAACUGGCAGUAAAGAGUACAAUGAUGUCCUGGGCCACUUUAGAAAAACCUGUAACAAUAAUGUCCUUAAGAUUGAACGGAUACAGAAUCCUCGCAUGUGGAAGAACUACCAAAAUAACAAGCAAUACAUGGAACAAAUGAAUGGUCAUCAGAAUAAUGAGAAAAUGCUGUUUCAUGGAACCAGGGAAGAGUCAAUAAACCACAUAAAUCAAAAUGGCUUCAACCGGAGCUAUGCAGGGAAAAAUGCUGCAGCCUAUGGAAAAGGCACAUAUUUCGCUCUUAAUGCAAGCUACUCUUCCAGCAACACAUAUUCAGUACCAAAUGCACAAGGACAGAAGCACAUGUAUUUCUGCAGAGUCCUCACUGGAGAGUAUACACUUGGAAACUCAUCAAUGAUCGAUCCGCCUCCUAAAACCCUUAAUGGCACAGAUCUCUAUGACACUGUGGUGGAUAACCAAGCUAAUCCAACCAUCUUUGUGGUGUUCCGUGAUUACCAUGCAUAUCCAGAAUAUUUAAUUACUUUUAACUGAAUUGCAAACCAAAGUGAGCUGCAUGAUUCAAGACAUAAUCCCAUAUAGUCUUCAGCGCUCAUGAACAUUUUCCACAGGUUGUAGGGUUGCAACCUGGAACUGAAAUGCACUUAUUUAUCAUGAAUCAACACAAAAUAAUCCAUAAAUUGAAUGAGGGAAAUCUAUAUGAUUCUAAAAAUUAUUUACAAAAAAUACAUUCGUUGUGAUUCGUAAAAAUAGUAAAAAUUAAUUCUGGUGCAAGAAAAUAAAAUAAGAGAACUGUGACUUUGCCAAGAGGAGGAUGUCCUCCUUUGGGACAAGUAAAGAGGGGAUUAGUCAGAGAAACAACCAAGAUGCCAAGGGUAACACUGAGCACAGUGCUACCACUACCAUACUUCAUGAUGGGGAAUGGUGUUCUCAAGUGGUGUUCUCAUAUUCAGUAAACAUGAUUCUUUAUGCCAAGGCCAAAAACGUAAAGUUGGUCUCAGAGCAGAGAACUAUUUCCACCUUUGCUGAGUCUCCAACAUGCCUUUGGCCAAACAAGAAACAGGAUUUUUUUUUUCCUGCAACUUUUCCAUAAAGCCAACCUUUAUGGAGUGUUGGGCCCAUCUGAGUUAGUGAUCUCUUCAGCUCCUUCAGAGUUUCCCUUGUCCUCUUGGUUGCUUCUCUGCCUAAUGUGCUCCUUAUCUGGUCAUUUGGCGGAUGGCCUCCUCUAGGCAGGGUCACGGGUGUGCCAUAUCAUUUCCCAGUUUUAAUAAUGAAUUUAAUUGUGCUCUGCAGGAUGUCCAAAGUUUGAGAUAUAUUUUUUUAUAAACAAACCCUGAUACAUACUUGUCCAGAACUUUGUCCCUGGACUUUGAUAGCUUGUUGGUCUUCGUGAUGCUGUUUGUUUAGGGACGUUCUCUAAAAUUCUUUGGGUCUUUCCAGAAAUAGGUGUAUUUAUAUUGAAAUCAUGGGGCGGCAUGGUGGUGUAGUGGUUAGCGCUGUCGCCUCACAGCAAGAAGGUCCGGGUUCAAGCCCCGUGGCUGGCGAGGGCCUUUCUGUGCGGAGUUUGCAUGUUCUCCCCAUGUCCGCGUGGGUUUCCUCCGGGUGCUCCGGUUUCCCCCACAGUCCAAAGACAUGCAGGUUAGGUUAACUGGUGACUCUAAAUUGACC